CUUGCGCUUCACCACCACAAAGACCAUGGAUUCCUCUAAGCCGACCAAACAGAACUCGUCCAACCUGCAUUUUCACGGUGAUGUGCUACAACGUGCUGAGCGACAAGUAUGCUACGAGGCAAAUGUACGGUUAUUGCCCAAGUUGGGCCCUUGAAUGGGAAUACCGCAAAAAAGGCAUACUCGACGAGAUUAGGCAUUACGCAGCAGAUCUGAUAAGUUUGCAGGAAGUCGAAACUGAUCAGUUUUACAACUUUUUCCUGCCAGAACUCAAAAUGGAAGGGUAUGAAGGAAUUUUUUCACCAAAAUCUAGAGCCAAGACAAUGGCUGAAAAUGAUCGAAAAUAUGUGGACGGUUGUGCCAUUUUUUACCGGGCUGCAAAAUUCACUAAAGUCAAGGAAUAUCUGGUAGAAUUUAAUCAGUUGGCGAUGGCGAACGCCGAGGGCUCAGACAACAUGCUCAACAGAGUCAUGCCCAAGGACAACAUCGGCCUCGCAGUCCUUCUCAGAACGAAGGAAGCUGCUUGGGACAAUGGUUUGCCUGGAGAACCAGCUCAAGUUUCUCAGCCGAUCCUAGUAUGCACAGCCCAUCUGCACUGGGAUCCGGAGUUCUGCGAUGUCAAGCUCAUCCAGACAAUGAUGCUGAGCCAGGAGCUGAAAAACAUCCUUGAGCAGGCUAGCCAGUCAUUCAGGCCCGGCCACAAGCCUGAUGCUUCGCAGAUCCAGCUCUUACUCUGCGGUGAUUUCAACUCAUUACCCGAUUCGGGCGUAAUCGAAUUUCUUACCUCGGGCAAAGUGUCGGCCAGUCAUCGGGAUUUCAAGGACCUGGCUUACAAGUCAUGCCUUCAGAAGAUCGCGUUCUGUGAAAAGUCCAACGAGUUUCUGCAUCCGUUCAAGCUUGCUUCGGCCUACAGUGAGGAUAUUAUGCCCUACACUAAUUACACGUUUGACUUCAAAGGCAUAAUCGACUACAUUUUUUAUUCCAAGCAAACUAUGAUACCUUUAGGUCUGUUAGGGCCGUUGAGUUCCGAUUGGUUUAGAGAUCAUAAAGUCGUUGGGUGUCCGCAUCCUCACGUACCUUCUGAUCACUUUCCACUACUGGUUGAACUAGAGAUGCAGCCGACAGUUGGUACGAGCAACGGUAUGAUCUCCCGAAGGUAGCAGAUACUACGCCAUAGAGCCAAGUAAUGCGAAAUGACGAACAAGAAAGAAGAAGAGUGAGCAACAUCAAGAAUCGUAAAAAAAAUUUUUAGCAACAUCACCAAUCGCGAGAAUAGGUUAAAAGGAUUGACGAGAUUAAAGGAAGGCCGUAAGGAGUGACUUCGGUCGCAAAAAAUGCGUGCGACUUAUAAUUAUAAUAAAAUCGUAAUGCCUGAGCGGUUCCCGCUAGAUAAUGAUUAUGAGUAAGAAAUUAACAAGAGGACGAGUUUUUCAGCGAGAAGUCUUUUCAAAGCCUAGUUUGGUGAAAUUUCACGUGACUGUUAAAGCCGAUAAUAUAAAAGGGGCUCCGUAGGACGAUUGCCUCGUAGGGUGGAGACUGAAAAGAUUUUUUUCUCUAUGUAUUGUUUGACGAGCAGUGUCUCCACUCCGAUAAACGUAACAAACACAUGUACACUCAUCACCAGAGGCUUUCGUAGAAUAAGUAAUUUAAUCGAAAAGCGAAUAAUUGUGUCUGUCGGGAUGAUUGCGGUCGAGCGAUGCAUCCGUACAAUUAUUUGAAACAACAUGGAGCUGGCGACUCCUGCGAGUGUACAGUGCCGAUAGAGAUCAGCAGCGUAAGCAGCAGGUGAAUUCUAGUGUACCGAGACAUCGACGACAAUUAAAAAACAAAGUAAAAUAAUGCGGUAAGGGAUGCUCGCUUUCAGUUCGAUUUUAGUACUGUCAUCGAAUCGAUGAAGCGGGCCAUUUCGUACGUUAAUUAAGAAAUUUGGAAUAAAAUUAAAAAAAAAAAUAAAAAUAAUAAUAAUAAUAAAUCAUGAACUAGUGGUGAUAGGGAAAGAGAAGUAGAAAAAAAUGCGAGAGAGAUUAGAUUACAUGUUAUAUUACUCCAUGUUUAGCCCAUGUACAGCGGAUUUUAUUUAUUUUAUUCUUUUUGUUUGUUUUAUUUUUUAUACUCAACGCUGAAUGGUGUAAAGCUCUGGAUGCGAUCAUAGGAGUAAAAAAAAUUCCUAGAUAUGUAUGUACUUCAGUAGGCCCUUAAAGCUCCUCCUCUCAUCCUACGUGUCCUGUACUCCUUGACUACAUAUACCUGAAUUCACAUAUAACUGUGGGAUUACACUGCGUAGCUGUAGAUGAACGUCUAUUUUCCUACGAGAGCCCGACGAUGAAAGUCGUACACAUGAACUGGAGACGACGACUGAUAAGAGAAGCUAAUAAUAUUCCGAUCAAACCUCUGUGAUAUGUAUUAUCAGAAAGAUUCGGAUGCGCUUUUAUUCCAUAAGAGGGAGAGAUGAUGUGUGCGUGUGCUUUUUUCCGUCGUGUUAACAGGACAUACAUGUUAUGAGAAGUAAUUUAUACUCUUGUAUGUCACAAGAGUCUGACCAAGAGAAACAGUUUUAGCCCUGUGAUAAAGUACGAUUAUUCCGAGCGAUAUUUUUUGUUUUUACAUGAAACGCGUUGCCAUCCAGUUAAGAAUAAUUAUAAUGCAGAACCACAAAGAAAAAAAAAAAAACUGGAAAAAUACAAUGAGCGAUAAAAAGGAGAACAAAAUGUAUUUAUUGGUGUUCAGUUUUUCUGUUGUUUUUUUGUUUUUCUCUUUUUCAAGAAUACAUUAACGUGCUACACUGGGCUGUGUUGUAUAACUGGAAUUGGACUUAAGAAAAUAAUGUCUAAUGCAAGUACAAAAAACGUUCUUAUUGGCCACGUGUAUUCUGAUAAACAACCAAUGUUAUAUUAUAUGACAACUGUAAGGCUGUAGAUGAAUUAAAUAGGUAGCAACAGUGUAAUUUAUAAGUGAAAAUUGUUAAUGACUGUCCGCGCGUGCAUUUUAUUCACAUAACAACACUCAUCCCCCCCCUACGUACACACAAAUCAUGCAUAUAUAUUCAAUGUAAAAAUGGCUCUGUGCGUUGUCGCCUGGAAAUCGAUCAGGCAAAUCUAUUCCUUUUCCAAUCACCGUAGGCAUGUACACAAGUGACUUUUUAAUCUCGAUUGUUUUGUGCAGACAUAAUUUAGGUGUUGCAUUUUGUCGCGCUCUCGGCUGUUUGUUACGUGCGAAUUUGUGCAAUUAUGGAACCAUUUGCGGAGAAAGUACUUGUAAAACAGUCGGAGAUAUUUCUAAAAGUAAUUUUUUUUUUUUUUGAAAGUGAAUCGAUGCAUAUACUUUAUAGAUUUUAAAUAAUUUAGUGGUGUUGGAUGACUUGUAGAAAGAUUUUUAGAUCUGUAUUUCUGUAAUUACAUCUUAAGUAAACUUGUACAUAUUAAUUUUCCCACAGUGUCUAUAGCUUGCUCAGUAAUAAUUGACUUUUAACAGAUAAAGUUGCAUGUCUCCAUCAAAAUCACGACUUUUUAUCUUUGGAAAUCCGUUUUUUUGGUAGAUUAACUGUAAAAAGCGAAACAUUAAUUUUCUUACAUCAAAAGUACCAAUGGCGUUAUCUAAAUUUUGUGCUUGGAAUACUCCAACUAUUUGUAAUAUGCUUUCUUAAAUAAAGUCCCAAAUGAAAUAUUAAUGAUUGCUCGUUACAAUCUGUAGAAAUUUCAACAUUCUUAUCUCAAGUCUAAAAAUUCCUAGCCAAUCUAAUAUGUAACAAUUAGCCCAAUUGAAAAUAAUUACCUAGUUUCGUUACGUAUUUGACAACGUUUCAAAAAUACGUCAUAUUAAUACGUAGUGGAAAUACGUGUUGGUUUGGAACCUUCCGUCACCUAAUUUUAUCACGUAUUUUGCAGUCAUGAA